UGAAUGAGCUGUAGUUUGGUGGCGUUUCUCGGGAUUUAGGAGCCCUUGCGCUAAACAGCCGCUGCUAACCCGGGUCUGUCCUCUGGGCCUUUGUGAUUGGCUGUUCCCACAGGACUGAGGGGGACUUUCACACACGUGCGGCAUAUUCCUGAUCUCCUCUGUGGAUAAGUGCAGCUGUCAAGUGUGCACAAAGUUUCUGUCAACAGAAAUGUCAGCUGGUGAGGCUUUUGUGACCCUAGCCACCACAGACUCUUACUGCAUGGGAGCCGCUGUAGUGGCCAGAAGUCUGCGGCGGCAUGGAACAACUCGCCACAUAGUUUCCAUGAUCACACCAAAUGUCUCUGAGCAGUCAAGACUCGCCCUUACAGAUGUGUUUGAUGAAGUGAUUGUGGUGGAUGUGAUGGACAGUGAAGAUUACCACCACUUGUCCUUGCUGGGACGUCCUGAGCUCGGUAUCACUUUCACUAAGAUCCACUGCUGGACUCUGACACAGUAUAGCAAAUGCGUCUUUCUGGAUGCCGACACUCUGGUGCUGUGUAACGUGGACGAGCUGUUUGACAGAGAUGAGCUGUCAGCCGCUCCUGAUCCCGGCUGGCCCGACUGUUUCAACUCAGGAGUGUUUGUCUUCAGACCGUCCCGCCACACUCACACCAGACUGCUGGAUCAUGCCAGUCGCCACGGCAGCUUUGAUGGAGGAGACCAAGGACUGUUGAACUCUUUCUUCAGUAGCUGGUCAGUGGAAGACAUCAGUAAACACCUGCCAUUUGUUUACAACCUCAGCGCCAGCUCGGUCUACAGCUACCUUCCUGCUUUCCAACAGUUUGGCCACAAUGCAAAGAUCAUCCACUUCCUUGGAGCAGACAAACCCUGGAACUCGCAGAGAAACAGCAGCUACUCGCACAACAUGGAGCAGUUUGUGUCUCUGUGGUGGAAGGAAUACCUUAUUCACACAGUGUCAUCUGCUCCGGUUGUCCAGCCCAAGCAAGAGCAGAAGAAACCACAACAGAUCCAAGAAAGAGAAGCCAAGAUGCCAUUUACAGAAAACUUGGACACGUCGAAUUCACUGCUUGCACAUUUUUCUCCUCCUCCUCCUCCUCCUCCAGAGUACCUUUAUUCACAGUCUGAACCAGCUGUGUGUUCCCACACAGAUGGCACACAGUUGGAGGAGGAGUCGAGAUCAUCUGAGGAGUCAGAAGCUGAGGAUACACCUUUGGGGGCUGAAGGCUCUGAAAGCAGUGAUGUUCCUGCAGACACGGCUGCUGAUCCCACACCUGCAGACACUGAGCCGCUGGAUCACCGCAGGCUGUGGGAGAUGGGACAGGUGGACUACCUCGGCAGAGAUGCCUUUCAAAACAUCCAAAGGAUGCUGGACCGCUUUUUGGAUUAAAAAAUGUCAAACUUCAUCAGCCUUAGUGUUUCCAUGUUUAUGUAGUGUGGUUACUAAAAUGCUGGGGUUUGACAGUUUGCAUGCCUUAAUGCAUAGAAGGGCACACAAGUAUU